AUGUCCGGUAACGGUGCUCAAGGUACUAAAUUCAGAAUUUCUCUAGGUCUGCCAACUGGCGCUAUCAUGAACUGUGCUGACAACACUGGAGCCAGGAACUUGUACAUCAUGGCUGUCAAGGGUUCUGGUUCCAGAUUGAACAGGUUGCCAGCCGCUUCUUUGGGUGACAUGGUUAUGGCCACUGUCAAGAAGGGUAAGCCAGAGUUGAGAAAGAAGGUUAUGCCAGCUAUUGUUGUCAGACAGUCCAAGCCAUGGAGAAGAAAGGAUGGUGUCUUUUUGUACUUUGAAGACAACGCUGGUGUCAUUGCUAACCCAAAGGGUGAAAUGAAGGGUUCUGCCAUCACCGGUCCAGUUGGUAAAGAAUGUGCCGAUUUAUGGCCAAGAAUUGCCUCAAACUCUGGUGUUGUUGUUUAA